AUGGCUUUGCCAGUUUUGCGUGGCUACUUGAAAUUGUACACAUCAUUGCCGACGAAGAAGUUAGCAUCGUUCAUGGAUGUUGAUGAUGCAAGCUAUGAUUCUUUCCUUGGAAAAUUAUUGACGUAUAAGGCAAGAUUGAAUAUGAUUGUAAAUGAACUCGGCAAGGAUUCAAUAGCUGCUCCAAAUGAUGAUGAUGAGCCGAAUACAGACAUUGAUUUCUAUGUGGAUAAGGACAUGAUCUGCAUCGCGGAUACGAAAGUGGCGCGACGUGUUGGAGAGCAUUUCAUCCGACAUAUGCAAAAAUUGCAUGAGGUUUGUGUAGUGUCGGUUAAAGUCCUCUUUCAAACUUAUAUUUGUGCCUUCUUAUAAAG